UGUGCCCCCCAGGCAGUACUACUCAGAUUCCCUGUGUUCCUGGUAGCUAUCAAAGCCUACACACACAGGCAGAGUGUUUGCUCUGUCUGCCUGGAUAUUUCUGUGCAGGCUCAGUUGAUCCUGAAACAGGGAUCAUGAGUGGGACUACCACACCUGUCCCAUGUCCUGUGGGGCAUUACUGUCCAGCAGGUACUAAGUCUGGGCAUGAGUUUCCCUGUCCAGCUGGGACAUACAGCAAUGAGUUUGGUAUGUCCAGUGUUGGACAGUGUAUUCCCUGCCCCAGUGGACUUUACUGUGGCUCCUCUGGCCUGUCAACACCCACUGGUGAAUGUUCACCAGGAUAUGUGUGUAUCCAGGGUGCCUCUCAGCCACAGCCACCUGAUGAUGCCACAGGAAGAAAAUGCCCAGCAGGUUUCUUUUGCCCAGCAGGCACUAGUUAUAUGCAUUCCUGCCCUCCAGGAACAUUCAGUUCAUUAAAAGGGGCAGCAUCCAUUUUGGAGUGUCAGUCAUGUCCACCUGGUCGGUACUGUGCAGACUAUGGGUUGACUUCACCGUCUGGCCCCUGCAACCCAGGAUAUUACUGCAGUCUCAAAUCAGUGUCCCCUACACCUCAUCAUAACCGAAGUUACGCAGAUACAGUACAUGGGCCAAAUGAUGAAGAUGAACUCGAUGAUUUGGCUCGGAUCACAGGGAACUUCUGUCCUCAGGGACACUACUGCCCCAUUGGGAGUGUCCAGCCAUUAAAAUGCCCACCAGGAACGUUCCUGGGCCGGUAUGGUGCUGUUUCCGAGUCUGAUUGUAACCCAUGUGUGCCUGGAUAUUUCUGCCCUGACUGGGGUCAGAGCUCUGUGGAGCUUCUCUGCCCAAAAGGCUGGUUUUGUCCUGCAGGCUCUGCAUUCGGACAUAAGCCUGGUCAACAGUGUCCUCUUGGUCAUGCAUGUCCAUAUGGUAGUCCUAAGCCUGCCAUUUGUCCCCCUGGUACCUAUCAGUCUCAACCGGCUCAGCCGUCCUGCCAGACAUGUCCAAAAGGAUUUUACUGUCUGGAAGGUACAUCUUCUCCUAAGCCCUGUCCAGCAGGGACAGUGAGUCAAGUUGAAGGAUUGCAGUCAUUGCUGGACUGCUCCCCCUGCUCUCCAGGCUUUUACUGCAAUAUUAGUGCACUCACCACUCCCUCGGGACCCUGUUCUGCUGGCUACUUCUGUUUAUCUGGAGCCACAGAGCCUAGGCCAGUCUCUCAGAUAUAUGGAGAUAUCUGCCCAGCAGGGUAUUAUUGCCCUAAAAAGAGCAGUGCUCCUUUACCCUGUCCUGCUGGCUACUUCCAGCAAGAUAAAGGAGCAUCUUCUUAUAUGGCCUGCUCCCUAUGUCCUCCAGGCAUGUACUGCCCUGCACUGGGCUCUAUUCAACCAUCAGGUUUUUGCUCUCCUGGGCACUACUGCACAGGUGGUGCAGAUUCUGCAAAACCGAAUGCCAAAGCUGUUCAGCUGGCAUGCUUCUGUAACCUCUUGCCAGAGUCCAGCCGCAGAGAGUAUCGUCUCUGUGCUCAGAGACACAACACUGCCUGCACAUCUAAUAGUAAAGAUUUAGUGCUGAGUGAACUUAAUUCAGAAUCAGCUCUAGAAGACACACAAGCUGUAUGCAGUGACUUCACAGGAGAUAUUUGCCCUAUAGGUUUUUAUUGCCCUGUAGGGUCAUUUUUACCCCAGCUCUGUAAUGCGGGCUCUCACUGUAAUCAGACCAGCCUUCAUGAACCUGUUGGCUUUUGUCCUGCUGGUUUCUACUGCCCUAAAGGCUCCUCAGAUCCUUAUGCUACAACCUGUCCUCCUGGACAUUACUGUCCCCGAGGCACAGACUUACCCCUGCCAUGCUUGCCAGGCACAUUCAGAGACUCUGCUGGAGGAGUUAGCAUAGAGGACUGUCUAUUCUGCCCAUCUGGACAUUUCUGUGCUCAAAAAGGUCUAACUAAACCCAGUGGAUUGUGUUCUGAGGGAUAUUACUGUCCUGUAGGGCAGAACUCAUCACAGCCUGCAGAGCAUAAAUGCACAGCAGGUUACUACUGUGAAGAGGGAAGUGUCACUGGCAGAGCAUGCCCUGUCGGUAGCUACCAGCGCAUGGGGGGCCAACAGAGGUGUGAGAUGUGCCCUGCUGGUUUUUUCUGCCCUCAUGAAGGUAUGACAUACCCAGUCCCAUGCAAGCCUGGGUUUUAUUGUCCUCUGUGGUCUACUAUUGAGCAACCAUGCCCAGCAGGGACGUAUGGAAACCAGUCUGGCUUAACUGAAUCAUCUGAGUGUACUUUCUGUGAUCCAGGCGCAUACUGUUUAGGAGCAGGUAACAUUUCACCCACUGGUCUAUGUGUGGCUGGCUUUUUGUGUUUUGGAGGAGCAUCUCUGCCAUCUCCUGUAGACAAUGUGACAGGAAUGCAAUGUCCACCUGGAUUCUACUGUCUUACUGGAAGCUUAACUGCAACACCCUGCCCCAAAGGCACAUUCAGUGUGCAGAGUGGCUUGACAGAACUAGGGCAGUGCCAGAGUUGCUCUCCAGGGUUCUUCUGUUCAAAAGCAGGCCUGACUGCAGUUAGCGGGCCUUGCCUGCCAGGUUUUUACUGCAGUGACGGAUCGCCUACCGCAGCCCCUGUGUUUGCGGUGUUUGGAGAUAUUUGUCCUCCAGGUUUCUACUGUGAGACUGGCAGCGCUGUGCCCACUCCUUGCCCAGUGGGCACUUAUCUUUCCGAAAGUGGUGGAAAGGGUGCAGAGGACUGUGUGCCUUGCCCUGAAGGGAUGUACCAGGAUCAGAAAGGCCAGAGAGUGUGUAAACCCUGUCUUCCUGGAUUCCACUGCCCCUCUUCCACACACAAAUCUAAUGUCAGCAGCAAUCCAUUGAUCUGUCCAGAGGGCUAUUACUGUCCUAAUGGAUCACAGCUGGGCAGGCCUGUCCCUUGCCCCAGAGGCACAUACAGUAAUACUCAAGGCCUUACAUCAGCAGAUGAGUGCAUAGUCUGUCCAGUGGGCUAUUUCUGUGGUGCACAUGCACUUGUUCAGCCCUCUGGCCCCUGUGUCCCUGGAUUUCUCUGCUUUCUGGGUGCCACAGUUCCCAACCCCACUGACAACAACACAGGAGCUCUUUGUCCACCGGGGGUGUACUGCCAGCUAGGAGUCAGGGAGGGUGACUGUUCUCCAGGCUACUACUGUGACUGGGGAUCUAGUAACCCAGAGCAGAGACUCUGCCCAGCAGGCUUUUAUUGCCCAGCUGGCACAGACAAACCCAUAGCCUGUGAUCCAGGAACAUUUAGCUCAAUCAUGGGGAACAGUGAAAGAGAUAACUGUGAACCAUGCCCAGCAGGCUACUUCUGUCAGGGGAAUGGAGUAGUGGUGCCGAUUCCUUGUCCCCGUGGAUUUUAUUGUCCCCUUGGAACUGCAAUGGAUACAGAAUUUCCCUGUCCUCAAGGGACAGUGCAACCUCAGAUUGGAGCCUCAAAUGAAGGGGAUUGCUUACUAUGCCCUUCAGGUAUGUUUUGUAGCCUGCCUGGGCUUUCUGAGCCUACAGGGCACUGCCAGGAGGGUUAUUAUUGUUCUUCAGGAGCCAUCACUCCUAAUGCUACUGGAUACAAGAUGAACUCCACUGGUAAUAACAUGUGCCCUACUGGUUACUACUGCCCUGCUGGUACUGGCUACCCUCUUCCAUGCCCACCUGGCACAUACUCAAGCUCGCCAGGUUUAAGCACAGUGGAGGAUUGCCAAUCUUGCCCACCAGGCUACUUUUGUGAACAGCUUGCAAUGGCCAAUGCCUCUAAUGCUUUGCUUUGUGAUGCUGGGUAUGUAUGCCUUAAGGGCAGUCGGAGUGCCCGUCCAGUUGAUAAACAGGAGGGUUAUAUUUGCCCCAGUGGCUACAGUUGUCCCAUCGGUACACCAGUGGAAAUUCCAUGUGAGCCUGGCACCUACAGUAGUGCCUCUGGAGCUUCUAAUUGUCUUCCCUGUCCAUCUGGUACCAUGUGCCCUUACUCAGCUACUCAAGAACCCACCCUGUGCCCUAAAGGUCAUUUCUGUCCUACUGGCACUGCUUUGGCACUGCCAUGCCCUAUAGGCACUCUGGGCAAGGUUACCAGGGCUCAGUCAGCAUCUGCCUGUGUGCCCUGUCCACCUGGACUCUACUGCAGCACACCUGGAUCCUCUGAGCCACAAGGCCAGUGCCAGGAAGGAUAUUUUUGCCAAAGUGGUUCUCCAUACCCAGCCCCCUUUAACACCUCCAGCCUGACGAGAAACGGUCCCUGCCCACAAGGACACUUCUGCCCUUCAGGAACCCUCAGACCUUUGCCCUGCCCUGCAGGCACCAUUCGCAAUCUCACUGGAGGCUAUUCCAUAGACAGCUGUUUACCCUGUCCAGCAGGACACUACUGUUCCAGUGGGGGUCUUAGUGCUCCCAGUGGCCCCUGUUCUGCUGGCUUCUACUGCCCUGAGGAUUUCUCCUCUACUACUCCCAAUGCUUUCAUCUGCCCCAAGGGUCACUACUGUCCCCUGGGCUCUCCUGUGGCCUUGCCUUGUCCCACAGGACAAUAUCAGCCCAACCCCGGCUCAGAGGCCUGCUUUCCAUGUCGCCCAGGCUACUACUGUGAAGAAGCCAUUGAAGGAGACCCCUCACCUUGUCCCUCUCACUCCUAUUGCCCAGCAGGCACUAUGGUUCCUCAGCCAUGCCCCAGUGGCACCUACACUCCCCCUGAUGUUGGAGGUCUACAGAAUGAGAGAGAGUGCUUGGCCUGCCCACCAGGAAGAUUUUGCAGGGGUGGUCAGAUAAGAGGACUGUGUGCAGUGGGGUUUUUGUGUAUCUCAGGCAGCUCAGAUUUUACCCCACAGGGCACAGUCAUGUCUUACACAAGCCAGUGUAAAUGGGGGGUGCAGUGCGCCGGACCCUGUCCUGCUGGAUUCUACUGCCCAAAGGGCACAGAGAAACCUCAAGCCUGCCCUGCUAAUACCAUAAAGAAAACCCCAGGAGGAGGCAGCAUACAUGAUUGUCUCCCUUGCCCACCCAGGCACUGGUGCAAAGAGGGUGAUCCUGAGCUGUAUAUGUGUCCUGAGGGCCAUUACUGUGAUGGUAUAAUUGAUUACGAGUCUGAGGGUAGACCUGGGCCAAGAAAGUGUCCUCAGUUUACCUACAGGCCUACUUCUGGUGCUGGAAGCAAAGGAGACUGUCUUCAGUGUCCUGCCGGAACCUUCUGCAAUGCUACAGGUCUGACUGAUUUCACCAACUUUCCGUGCCCCCCUGGCUAUUGGUGCAGUGGCACAGGCUUGCCAGUUCUCUGCCCUGCAGGCACCUUCAGAACACAACCUGGGGCAAAUGCUUCCAGCCAGUGCCAACUCUGUGCAGCUGGUAAAUAUUGCCCUGACCCUCGCCUUACAGGUCAGCCAAACACUGUAGGAAUUCCUUGCAGAGCCUCUUACCAGUGCCCUAUAGGAUCAGUGGUGGAAGUUUUGUGCAGAGCAGGCUCAUAUUGCAGGCCACAAACUGGAGAGCCCACUCCAUGCCCUGCAGGAUAUCACUGCCCUGAAGGCUCACACACCUACAACACACCACAGCGAAUGUGUACAUACCCUUAUUACUGCCCAGCUAACUCCUCAACCAUGCUGUCUUGUGGUGGUGGUUUUAUGCCCCAUAAUGCCAGCGGUCUAAGAGUUUCUCAGGAGAUCAGCUGCAUAAUGUGUGAGGCAGGAACAUACCGGCCUAGUGGUUCCCAUCACCUCCGGUGCCUUGCAUGCCCCUCAGGCUAUCACUGUCCUCCAGGUACUGACGACCCCAGUAGUCAGCCAUGUCCAGUUGGCUAUUAUUGUCCAAGGGGAUCAGACAAUCCUGUUGCAUGCCCACCAGGCAGCUAUGGCAACAGCACCAAGGCUGAGCUGCUUGAGGAAUGCCUCCCUUGCCCUUCAGGCACAUACAAUCACCUUUAUGCUCAAAAAGCCUGUUUCCCCUGUGGCAGCUCUUCCAUCUCAUCACAAGGUCCCCUCAUUAAUACUAGGGCAUCCUCAUGCAUGUGCAUAGGCAAAAAUCGGGCAUUCCAGAAUUCUGAUGGCUCCUGCGUGUGUAUAGCUGGAUAUGUCUUCUACGAUGAACUUGACUUGAAAGGUUCCAGUGCUGACAGUGAUCUAGACUGUCAACCUGAGGUGAGUAAACGCUGUGGAACCGGGCAAGUGAGACUGGCUUCAACACAAGACUGUGUUAGUCCCUCUAAACACUCAUGCAACAUUACUUGUGGACCUCAUGGUGGGAGUCUGGAUGCAAGCCUGGGCAUAUGUCAUUGUGAGAUGUACGUCUCUGCGGAGGAGCUGUGUAACUCCUCAUGCUUGUCUGAACUGCCUGUGCUUGCUGCCAGACUGGCUCCAAAUGGACAGCUGGUGCUCAGGAUCAAAGCGAUGGAUGAAAGUAGGAUCUGGAGCAGAAAAAUGAUGAAUGUACUGGGGCCUGACAGUCAUAUCAGCAACUUUGGAAAGAUCCAUUUUGUUCAGUUUUCUCCAGAUGGUGUGUUUGGUUGGAUUUUAAAGGAUCCUGUGCUUAUGGACAUCUUUUUAUCUGAGCCAAUUGAAAUUGUGGAAGGAAAGCCAAGGAUACGACGACACACCCAUGAGCUGGAAUUACUAAUCUCAGGACCUUUACCUCGCAUUCCUAACCCCAUAGCCUGUCUUUCACCCAAUGACAUGCUCAUCUUUCAGAUCACCAUCAAUUACACAGACCGCCUCUUCAGCCAUUUUCCAGUCUAUCAAAAGAACCAUUUGUUCAGCAGUAACCCAACCUGGGACUUUGGUGCAUUUAGACAACUAGAACGCCUUGUCAAACAAUCCCGAUUUAAUUCCACCAGAUUUGCACAUGUAUUCAUGGAGCCGGGAAAAUAUGUGUUCCUGGACAAUGCAGUCCCAGACUGGAGCCUGAUUGUUGUGGUAAAAAAGGAGGGCACAGAGUGUGAUCCAACUACAGCUGCCUUCCAACCAACCUCUCCAGCACAGUUGGUGCGACACGGGAUAGUCAAACAACAGCGCCUUAACCUGCUGCCUGACUGGGGUACCAUUGGAGGAGUAUUGGCACUGAUGGUACUACUCAUAGUUAUCUUGACUCUGUCUGCCCUGCUUCUGAGACCUAAUCAUGCCAACCUUAUUGCGAAGGGCACACCUAAGCCUAAAUGGCGCAGCUUGGGAGAACCUACUGUUCCUGUAGCGUACGUUUAUAAUGGAGAGUGUAUGGAUAGUACUUUCCUGGGUCUCAGGGGAGUGGGUGAGGGUGCAGAAGAAGAAGAACCUGCUGUCUGCAAAGGAUUCAGCAAUAUAUUAACGGAGCUGGAAGGGUUCAAUGUGAAGACACUGUAUGACAAAUUAGAGGACCAGAAUUUGCAUCUUGCAUCACAGCUGGCUAAGCACCGCAAAGAUACACAGGAGUUUUACAGGAAUAUCUGUCAGCAGACUGACACACUGCGGGAUAUUUUGGAGAACAUGGAGCCAUCAAAACUGAUCCAGUGGAAGAAAUUGAUAGACAGUAACGCAGAAACCAAGAGGGAAUCAAUUCCUGUGGAAUCAUCGUUGGGCUUGAUGGAGGCUUUGCUGAAGUCUUUAGAGGUUGUGUUGAUUAGACUGAAUGGAGAGGCGUGGCAGCGGCAGCAGCACAGAGAAAGCAGAGAGAGUCAAGUCCACACCUGUAACACCCAGAACUCGUCAACUGAAAUGAGUGAACUUAAAGCGCGGCCAGAUACAGAAGCAGAUUUUUCAGGCCCCGGUGGGAGAAAGUGUGUUUCAGCGCUCCCUUUGAGCACAGCAGCAUGUGUGAGUGAAGAGGAUCUGGCCAAGCUGGUGGUGCUCACACCUCUCACCAGAACUUUGCAGGACAUACAGCAGUCUCUGCAGGAACUCAGCCAAAGUUCCACAGCACAGAAAGAUACAAGUUCUCCUUCACCAAUUCCUGAUGACCAAGCAGAAUUGGCACCAGAGCAGUUGAUCCCUUUUGCCCUUGACAACCUCUCUCCAGGGCACUUUGCAGUGUUCCUGUUUGGCUGCCAUGUUGUACGGUUGCUUAGCCGAGACUGCUCAUUCCCAAAUGUUAUGCUGUUACUGGCUAAGGCUCUUCCAAUCACAUGCACCAAUUCUCAGCUGGAUUACUUCAACAAGGAAUUUUACUACGACACAUCUAACCAGAUCUUGUAUAUCCUCAAGCACAAGCUUCAAAAUGCUGGCGAAUUUAUCUCGGUUCUUUUACACUCUAUGGCCUACAUUAGCACAGUUGCUGCUCCUCAAAACUUCCUGGGUGCUUUACACUCAGCUAUAUCUGCCCUGAGUAUGCAGUUAUUCCAGCUCUCUUUAACUCAGCAAGAAUUCAUGAUUAAGGAGGAGAACUCACAUGUCUCCUUCGGAACAAUCGUGGAGGAUUUCCUCAGUGUUAAAAUUCCACCAGCAACUCAAUUCUCACCAAUUUUAUUAGCUGAAAGAUUGCAGAAGUAUAAAUACUUCAAACUUGAGCAUUUGCUUCAUGAACAAACCCUAACUCCAGCAAACAGAUCUGCAGAAGAUCCUGAUGUAAAGAGCCCUUAUGAUGUUGAUCUGGAGCAAGCAUCAAUGCUAACGUGUCAGCAGGACACAGUGAUGCAGAGACUGAAGGAAAUGAGAGACAGGCAGUCUAUCUCUAGUGCUGCAAGGAGAAAUGUGUGUCAGGAAGAAAGCCCAUCUCAAAAUACAGAACUAACAAGUCCAGAUGACCAGUCCAUGAACAAACACACAAUUAAACCAGCUGACAUUCAGGGACUGCUCAUCGAGCCUUUCUCCAGUAAUAAACAACACAGCAAACACAUGGAUCAAGCUGCUGAAGAAAGGGACACAGUGGCUUCAGGUGGUUUCAUAGAGAAGACCUAGAGAACUAUGAUAUAACACAUUCUGCGAUGACGAUUUAAUUUUCUAUCUUACUUUCUACCUCUGUCCUGAAAUGUCAAAGCAAUUACAAUUACACUGUAUGACAGUUAUACCACCAUCCUUUGUUUGUGUAAAACCAGAAAAACGUUGCACAAAGAAAUGUUCAGUUUAAAACAUUGACUAAAAUUUAUACUGUGACUUAGAAAAUGAACAUUUCCUUUUAUUUCCAUUUUUAAAUGGAAGCAUUAUACGUUUUUAGACUUUUUGAUAUACUGUCAGUUUGUAAACUUCUAAAUGUCUUUCCUAAAUGUUUCUCUUUCACACAUAUUUAAAACAGACAUCUGUUUUGUAGUCUGGUUAUUUUCAAAAACAUUUUGAAGAUUUGGAUGGUGCCGACAUUCAAGAAUAUAAAGAACUUUUUCACACUUGGAGUCUGACUACAUGCUGAUUUUUUUCCUUUUCUACCACCUCUGUGGACUUUUCCCUAAGUUGUGUUCAUGUUUGUUGCAGAUAUAAAUUUGUCAUAUGCAAUUCAAUAUUAGCACUUUAUUGUUUCUUGUGUACUUUUUAUUCUAGAAGAAUCAUUCUAGAUUAUCAACUGCUCAACAAAGUGUUCAAAGUGUGACAUUUAUUAGAUUGUGUUUUGCUAGCAAGAGCUUUAAGUGGACUAACAGCAUUUACCCGCCGUGAUCUUCACAGACAAAAAGCCAAAGCGUGAUUAUAAAUAAAUAACAUUUACACAGCAUGCUGGUGAAUAUAUGUUGCUGAAAGACAGAAAAUCUAAUAAAUAAGAACAGAUGUGUACAGUAGUAGGAUCGCAAGCUUUUACCUUUCAUAUUAGGAACUUAAAUAAAAAUGUGUGUAUUUUAGUCUUUCCCUGUAACAUUUGCGGAUGUGUUUCUGUUAUAUUGGAGAAUGUUAUAUUAUGGUUUUUUUUUUUUUAUGUAUUA